CCUACACAUUUCAUACAUUGCAAGUACAUCUACAUCUAGAUUCCUAGAACGUUUAUGACGUAACAAAUUUUCUUAGUUAAGAAAUCAUUAGUAAUUUGAUCUACCUCAGAUUUAAAUAAUUAAUUGUAUACCUGAUAGCUCAUUCUGAAUGUCUAAAGAACAGAUGGAAGGCUAUGCCCUUGAUCUAGAAAAUGCUGCCAAGAAUGGUACAGACGAAGUGUUAGAAACGACGACACAUGAACUAUACAAAAACGCGGAGCGUGAGAGACUUAGAGGGGUGGUCCCAAUAUCUAAACAUGUGAAUGAUCCAUGUCUCAAGAACUUCGUACCUGUGGACAUAUUUAAAGAAUCUUACAUUCCUCGAGGCUACCGCGGAAAAGACAUGAAGAAAUUAAUUUCAAUCUGGAGUCAAUUAACUGUAAAAUUAGUAGGCAAACAAGAAUGUAGCUCUGAUACUGAGGAGAAGAAAGCGAUAAAAGUGUGCACUGGUACGGUGUUCAAGGUUGACAUGCACACUAUAGGAACAGGAGACAAAACUGUGUGCCCAUGUCCCGGACAUAAGGGUGAUACACCGAGUAAAAUGGUCUGGUGGAAGGUGCAUGUGAGAACGACAAGAGAUUUCGUCGAACCAAAAAUGGACCCAAAAAUGUUUCAAUUCUCAAAGGCGUAUGAAUUGAAAGAGUAUGAUAAAAUGGUGAAUGUUACAUUAGAUUGUGUUAAUAUUUCGCCUUUUAAAAAUGGUGGGAAAUCUUGUGUUUUGGAGUUUGCCACACAUGAUGUGGAGCUUGGAUAUCUGUUAAGAGAAUUGUGUCAACAGUUUCAGGAGUUUCACAGGAAUGUCUACGAAGAAUACAGAGCCAACACCGAUGUGAACCUGACCAUUAUCAUCUCGUACCCGCACUUACUUUCUGAACCUCGGGUAUCUGUUGGUCACUGGGUCCACCGCGCCAUUACCGAUGGCCGGACAUGGUACAUGUACACAACCCCGACAUGUCCAGGCAGUGCUGGGGCAAUGGUGUACAGGGUUGGUCAAGAGUUAGGGGAUGAUGUUCAUGUUGGUGUGGCCAGUGAUGGUCUAGGUUUUAGCGGGUAAAAGCACAUACUAUUGAGGGAUGAAAGGGACACUGGAUUAGUUAUUAUAAUCUAAAUAUAGUAUACCAGUCCUUUUCAAAAGGCAACAAUCUAGAAGAAUAACAGUUCACAAACAAUUUAAUUAAUCGAACUGACAUUACAA